AGUACUUUUGUGAUAAAACAAUGGCGGAGAAGGGUAUUUCCGUAAAUAACUCACUCACCUUGAAAGGAUUGGUUUUAUUCUUGUCUUCUUCGCCAGUCGCCACUGUUUCUUCUCUCUCUAUAACCACCAACCGCCAGCAAAAGAAAAAAAACAGCUCACACAGUCUUCACCCGACGCCUCCUCCCUGCCUAUAUAUACACUUACGUAUAGAUCUAGAGAGAGAAAACCCAGAGAUCUAGACCGAGAAAAUCGUUCAGAUUGGAGACACACUACACAGGAUGAGGGAACAGGUGACCGACACUACCUCCGUGGCGUCUCCUCCGCCCCAGGCCCUGCUAGAGCGCCUCAAAGACUAUGGCCAAGAAGACGCUUUUGCCCUCUGGGAUGAGCUCUCCGCCGACGAACGCGACCUUCUCGUCAAGGACAUUGAGAACAUAGAUCUCCCAAGGAUUGAUAGGAUCAUACAAUGCUCCUUUCGCUUUCAAGGCCUCCCAGCAGCAGCAAUAGAGCCAGUGCCAGAAAGCUGCGUGUCCACGGUGGAGGAACGAACAGUGGAGGAUAGAGAUAGAUGGUGGAAUGUGGGUAUGAAGGCCAUUGCUGAGGGAAAGCUGGCUGUGUUGCUCCUGUCUGGUGGGCAGGGAACUCGACUUGGAAGCUCAGAUCCAAAAGGAUGUUUCAAUAUUGGACUUCCGUCUGGGAAAUCACUUUUCCAAAUCCAAGCUGAGAGAAUUUUGCGUGUCCAAAGAUUAGCAGCUAGAUCAGCAAAUGAAGGUGCUGGCAUUGUUCCAAUUCAUUGGUACAUUAUGACUAGUCCAUUCACAGAUGAACCAACUCACAAAUUUUUUGAAAGUCAUAAAUAUUUUGGCCUUGAUGAAGAUCAAGUUACAUUCUUCCAGCAGGGCACAAUUCCAUGUGUCUCAAAGGAUGGAAGAUUUAUAAUGGAGACUCCAUAUAGCGUAGCUAAGUCUCCUGAUGGAAAUGGAGGAGUUUAUACAGCAUUGAAGUAUUCAAAAUUAUUGGAAGAUAUGGCAACAAGAGGCAUUAAAUAUGUAGAUUGCUAUGGAGUUGACAAUGCUUUGGUCCGAGUUGCAGAUCCAACCUUUUUGGGUUAUUUCAUUGAUAAGGGUGUAUCUGCUGCAGCAAAAGUUGUAAGAAAGGCAUACCCACAAGAAAAGGUUGGUGUGUUUGUACGACGAGGUAAAGGUGGGCCUCUCUCUGUGGUUGAAUAUAGUGAAUUGGAUCCUGAACUUUCAAGCGCAAUCAACCAGGAAACUGGCCGACUUCGUUUUUGUUGGAGUAAUGUUUGCUUGCAUAUGUUUACUUUGGAUUUCCUGAAUCAAGUAGCAAAUGGCCUUGAGAAAGACAGCAUCUAUCAUCUUGCUGAGAAGAAAAUUCCUUCAGUCCAUGGCUAUACAAUGGGUUACAAACUAGAGCAGUUCAUAUUUGAUGCAUUUCCUUACAGCCCUUCAACAGCACUUUUUGAGGUACUGCGGGAAGAAGAAUUUGCUCCAGUUAAAAAUGCAAAUGGGGCAAACUUUGACACUCCAGACAGUGCCAGGCUGCUAGUUCUUCGCCUCCACACCCGUUGGGUGGUAGCUGCUGGAGGCUUCUUAACACAUUCGGUGCCUUUGUAUGCAACAGGUGUCGAAGUUUCACCACUAUGCUCAUAUGCUGGAGAAAAUUUGGAAGCUAUAUGUCGUGGAAGAACAUUCCAUGCUCCUUGUGAAAUCUCGUUUUAGUUUGGAUUUUUAAAGGACAGCUUUUGAACUGAGCACAGAUGUUUCUUGGAUUGUAUUUUUCUUUAUUUUGUCUCCGAUCCGGUUGAUAUUUGUAUGAGGGUUGUAUUUGUGGUUUUAACUUUUAAUGGAGAGCUCUUACUGGUUUUAAGCAUUACAGAUA